CUUCCGACGAUCCCACCCUGCUGAUAGCGCGGCCGUAUUCUGGCCCGUGCCUCCACUCGUGGAGCCUUCGCAGCCCGUCAACGGCGCGUUGCAAGCCCGUUCGGAGACUUAUUUCUUGGAGAUAAUUCGGCAUUUGACCUUAUCCCCUGAAAAGCUCCAGCCCUGUUCGUCAGGGCAUGAGUGCGAAAAUCUUGGCACCUCCCGAGUGGGGCUGGUGAAACGGCUGGCAGGUGGGUCAUCUUCCAUACGUCAUGGCGAUGGCAUUCUGGUGUUUGCGAUGGGCUUCGUGGGCUUGACGGUUGCUAUAUAGAGGCAGUUUUGGCUGUUUCUGGGGGCUUCAGUUCAUAAAGGAGCACUAUCUCAGCUCUCACUCUUAAUAACUAAUCGCAUCGUAACCCCAUUGCAACGAGCAUAAUGACAGUUCCUAGCGCGGAUAGCUUCGAUUUUGUGGUUGUCGGCGGAGGUACUGCCGGCAAUGUGGUGGCUGGUCGACUGGCCGAGAACCCCGAGGUCCGGGUUCUGGUAAUUGAAGCGGGUAUCGCAAACCCUCAAGACAUCGAGAAAAUCACCACCCCAGCUACCGCCUUCGACCUGCGUGGCAGCAAGCAUGACUGGGCCUACAAAACGACCAUGAUUAACAGGCCUUCCUACGAACGCGCCGAGAAGCCCAACACCCGCGGCAAGGUCCUUGGAGGUAGUAGCUGCUUGAACUACUAUACCUGGAUCCCAGGUAGCAAGGGCACCUUUGACGCAUGGUCCGAGUACGGAGGUCCGUCGUGGACGUGGGAUGGGUGCAAGGAGUAUUUCAGCAAGCCAGCGACAUACCACGAUGAUGACAACCUGUAUCCCAACGAACUGGCCAAGAUCGGCCGCGACGGACCGGUGCACGUCUCGCACGCAGACCUAGUCCCCGAGCUGCAGCCCUUCCGCGACGCACUCACCACGGCCUGGACCAGCGCGGGCCAGCCCGUCAGCGAGGACAUCUACUCCGGAAAGAUGGAGGGGCUCACGCACUGCGUCACCAGCAUCUACCAGGGCGAGCGAUCGUCCAGUGGCGCGUACCUGACCGGCAAGACCAACGUGGUUAUUAUGCCCUCGUGCAUCGCCAAGAAGAUCAACUUUGACGGCGACACCGCCGUGAGCGUCACCGUGCUGGGACCGGACGGGUCGGAAAUCAUCAUCGAGGCCAAGCGGGAAGUCAUUGUCGCGUGCGGCGUCUUUGAGACCCCUAAGCUGUUGAUGCUGUCGGGCCUUGGCCCCAAGAAGGAACUCGUGCGCCAUGGCAUCAAGCCCGUGGUCCACUCGGAGCACGUAGGCCAGAACCUCCUCGACCAUCCGAUCAUGCCGCAUGUGUUCCGUCUGAAGGGGGGCAUGGGGCUGGAUAGCCAUCUGCUCCGUGCUGGGCCGGCGCACACCGCCGCCGUGCAGAAGUACCGCGAGAGCAGGCAGGGCCCUUACAGCAGCGGUCUGCUAGAGCUGGUGGGACUACCUCGCAUUGACGACCGCUUGGAGAGAUACCAGGAGUAUCGGGAAGCGAAGGAGCAGAACGGUGGCAAGGACCCGUUCGGCCCUGAGGGACAGCCGCAUUUUGAGAUCGACUUUGUGCCCAUGUUCUCCGAUGCCUUUCAAUGGCACUUCCCCGUGCCCACCGAGGGUGACUGGCUGACGGUCAUCGUCGACCUUCUCCGCCCACUCUCCCGCAACGGCGAGGUGAAGCUGAACUCCGCCGACCCGCGCGACCAGCCCAACAUCAACCUGAACUUCUUCUCGAACGAUCUCGACAUCAUCGCGCUGAGAGAGGGUGUCCGGUUCGUGGACGAGAUCCUGAUGCACGGCGAGGGCAUGAAGGACGUAAUCGGGGAGGAUUACCCCUGGCCCAUGCCGCGACAAUCGGACGAGGCGAUGAAGAAGAUGAUUCUCGAGCACUCGCAGACUGGAUAUCACCCUUGUGGUACAGCCCGGCUUUCCCGGUCCAUCGAGCAGGGUGUGGUGGACUCGGAAUUGCGCGUGCAUGGCGUCAAACGUCUUCGGGUGAUCGAUGCAUCUAUCAUCCCGAUCAUUCCGGACUGUCGCAUCCAGAACGCGGUGUAUAUGAUUGGAGAGAAGGGUGCGGAUAUGGUCAAGGCUGCGUACCCGAGUCUCUACCAGUGAGGAGAUGAUCUGUUAGGGUUAGUGGAGCCGUCGACUGCGCCUUUGCUUGACGAUAAUGUGUACAUGUUGGUCGCUUUCUGUUGCAUAGUAUAUAGC